UUUGAUUGCCAGUGGAGAUGCGCCGUAAGUAAAAGCGAUUGUUUCAUUUUUUGACAUUUUUGUUUUUUCAUCGAUCAGACUGCAAGUAGAUUCUAUACGAAAAAGUUAAUUUUCAUCCGUUUAUUUGUGGAUAGUGAAUUGAAAAAAAACAAGGGUAUUUAAUCGAAAAUGAGUAAUUACCGAGGCAUUGGCGGUGGUGGUUUUCCAUAUAAAGUUAACCAAAAUCGUAAUGCCGGUGCAUCUAUGAAUGCUGUGCCGCCACCAUUAUCGCUCAAUAGUCGUGGACAUCAACGGGGUGGUGCCAGCGUUCGCGGUGCCGCAGGCUUCUUAGGGGCUACCAAGCACGGAUAUACAUCACUGGACUCGGUAAGCCAAUUUACUGCCUCCCAGAAUUUUGUCGGCAAACGGAAAGCUCAUACUGAAGAUGAAUAUUUUGAUGAUGACGAGGACCCAACACCAGAGCGUGCGUACAUUCCAGCUCCUGGUUCGCCGGGAUAUGUACAGAAUAACAAGGCAGAUAGCGAAUCUGAUGAAGAUCCCCUUGAUCAAUUUAUGGCCGGCAUUGAGCAGCAAGUGCAAAAGGAAAAAGUGCGCAAAGAGCAUGCUGUUGUUUCGCCAGUGGAAGAGGUUGCCGGCACUAGGAACACAAAAGGUGUUCGUGGAGAUAUAGACGAUGAAGAUGACGAGGAAAGUUAUUAUCGUUAUAUGGAAGAAAAUCCCAAUGCCGGUCUACGAGACGAUGGUUCUGAUGUUGAAAUAGAAUAUGACGAAGACGGUAAUCCAAUAGCACCUCCCAAGAAGAAAGAUAUUGAUCCUCUACCUCCAAUAUACCACUCUGAGAUUGAAUAUGAACCUUUCGAAAAGAACUUCUAUACACCACAUGAGGAAAUUGCAAACCUCUCGGAAGAGCAGGUGCGGGAAUUGCGCAAAACGCUUGGCGUAAAAGUAACAGGACCGGAACCACCAAAGCCAGUGUCCUCGUUUGCGCAUUUCGGAUUCGACGAGAGUUUAAUGAAAGCAAUACGUCGAGCUGAAUAUACCCAACCAACACCAAUACAAGCACAGGCGGUACCAACGGCACUUGCUGGGCGAGAUAUUAUAGGCAUUGCAAAGACAGGUUCGGGCAAAACAGCAGCCUUUGUCUGGCCAAUGCUUGUACACAUAAUGGAUCAGCGGGAAUUACGGCAAGGCGAUGGACCCAUUGGACUGAUUUUAGCGCCGACGCGUGAGCUGUCCCUGCAAAUAUACAAUGAAGCUAAGAAGUUUGGCAAAGUAUAUAACAUUAACGUAGUAUGUUGCUACGGAGGUGGUUCGAAAUGGGAACAGAGUAAAGCACUUGAGCAGGGUGCAGAGAUUAUAGUGGCCACACCGGGUAGAAUGAUCGACAUGGUAAAGAUUAAAGCAACGAAUUUGCGGAGGGUAACGUUUUUAGUUCUUGACGAGGCAGAUCGUAUGUUCCACAUGGGCUUUGAGCCACAGGUGCGCUCUAUUUGUAAUCACGUGCGUCCCGAUCGUCAAACUCUGCUCUUCUCCGCCACUUUCAAAAAGCGUAUCGAACGGUUGGCGCGUGAUGUGCUCACAGAUCCAGUGCGCAUCGUGCAAGGUGACCUAAAUGAAGCCAAUCAAGAUAUUACUCAAUAUGUUUAUGUAUUUCCCAAUCCACUUCAAAAGUGGAACUGGCUACUUUGUCAUUUGGUAAAGUUCCUUUCCGAAGGCAGUGUGUUGGUGUUUGUUACGAAAAAAGCUGAUGCCGAGACAGCGGCAAAUAACCUCAUGCUAAAAGAGUACAAUUGUUUACUUCUACAUGGCGACUUAGAUCAGGCUGAUCGUAAUAAGGUCAUAACACAAUUUAAGAAGAAGGAAUGCGAUAUACUAGUAGCCACGGAUGUGGCUGCGCGUGGUCUUGAUAUACCACAUAUUCGCAACGUUAUAAAUUAUGAUAUCGCACGCGAUAUUGAUACUCAUACACAUCGUAUAGGUCGAACUGGGCGCGCCGGUGAAAAGGGUACCGCAUAUACUCUGGUCACAGAUAAGGACAAAGAAUUUGCCGGCCAUUUGGUGCGCAACUUAGAAGGUGCCGAUCAGCAAGUACCUGACGAUUUAAUGGAAUUGGCAAUGAAGAGUUCAUGGUUUCGAAGCUCGCGUUUCAAACAGGGAAAGGGCAAAAAAAUUGCCAUUGGUGGUACCGGUUUGGGCUAUCGUGAACGCAGUGGAGCUAAUAGUAGCAGUAUAAAGUCAAAUUCAUCAAACGAAAACUCAUCGUUUGCAUCGAUAAGCAAAUCUAUAUCAGCCGCUGGUCCAGCAACUGAUCGUUAUGCGGCUAUGCGCGAAGCAUACAAAGCCCAAUACAUGUCCCAAUUUCGCGCCUCCAGUGAUCGCACCUGGGAGAAAACAGUGCCAGAGACCGGCGUGUUUGCGGCGCCCGCACCUAUAUUGCCAGCAUCACAGCCAACAUCCAGUGGAGCAGGUGGCGCCGACGAAAGUGGCAAACCACGAAAGAAGAAGAGCCGUUGGGAUUAGAUAGAAGCAGCACAAUUCACGUCACCUUGUAGCAGCGAGAUGCCUGGAUGGCGUCAUUUAGAAAUAAGUUUGUGCAUUUUAAAAUUAAUUAUGCAUUGAUGCGUACAUUAAAAUUAUAUGGCACGUUGAAGUUUCACGCAUAUUUUAUAUUGACUUAAACUACGUUUAAAUAAUUUUGCACUUUUACAUAAGAAAAUUAAAACAAAAUUAAUAGAGGCAUACAUACAUAUGCACACAUGCAUAGCUGUAAUUUAAAGGCUUACUCAUUAUGUGUUGACAUGUUGUUUCUGCAAAAUUUUAAAAAUGUAAAUACAUACAUAUAUAUGAAUAUAAACAUAUAAACUUAGUAUAAAGAUUUGAAGAUAAUGAAUAAAUGCCAAUUGUUCAACGGAACUAAAUCCUGCAGAU